UAAUUUUUGGUUCAGAAGUUUAUUUCCUAGCACAGUGAACAGGUCCUGCUGAUUGACUCAGGGUUUACUGGAGAGCAGCCCUGCUGUAACAAGUCUUAGGUGGUGAUCUGGCCUGCAAGAGCCAAAAAGAGGCUGAUGUCCAUCAGGUUGCAGGGGCAGCCUCCAGCUGGCAAAAGAAUAGCCAGAGAUCAAGCUAUGGAAACAUUCCCUUUUCUACUAAAAGAGCCAGGAAAACGUGAAAUCCUGUUAUGGGAAGGUGAGAAACCCAACGAGGCCUGUGGAUGCUGAUACUUGUGCUGAUUCUUUGAUACGUUCUCUGGAGCAAGAAGAGAAAAUCGCAGGGGGAAAUAUGGGAGAAGGUAAAGAAGUGGAAGAUGGGGAGAAAUUACACAGAACAUGUUGUGGGGAGGGAAUGGAGAAAGCUGUAAAGUAUGUGGGAAGGAGAGAAAUGCAGAGUUGUUGCCAACGUGGAGAACAAAAAUGAGAUUUGGAGAGGCAGAAAGCUUCUUUAAAGCUAAAAGGAAACUUCUACAUGAAGAAAGUCUGAGGUACUUACUAACAAUCCCUAAAAAUAGAAUAAAACCCUCAGAGGCUGUGUGUGAGAGGGAAAGCGAGGUAUUACAGACUUCAGUGUAACUUAAGGUGAAUGUAUGCUUAAAAUCCUGUAUGGUGCUUGGCCAGGCUUGCAGUAACGGUGUGAGGGAAGGUUUGUCUUGGGAUGGGGUCACUGAGGCAAAAAUCUUGAAACCUAGAGCUGCUCCUGGAGUGGAACUACUACAAACCACUCAGAAAUUCUCAUAAAUAGCACCUGAGGAGCUCCUCAGGUGCAGGAUAGCCUGUUACGAGGAACCAGAAAACUGACCAAUUUCAGGACAAGGAAGAUCUGCGUUCAGAUGGGGGCUGCGUCUCUUUCCUUCUUUUAAUAAUUUUGACAUGAAUGCUUGCAAAGUGUAAAUUUGUCCUUUUCCCCAAAGAAGGUCAGGCUGAAACUUUCGCCAUCCUUCGGUUGCCCACAUCCUGCCAACAGUCCUUUGAGCCUUUCUAUUAGGAGAGCCAUUUUGAGUCAUUUAAUGAUUAGCCUGCAUGUGAACUUUAAAUUGAAACCAGCAGCUGCAAUUAAUGGAGCCCAUGCUACCUUCUGCAGGCUGCAAAGGCCAGUAGGGGAAAGAGUGGAGGCUUGUCAAGCCUGCUAAAUAGAGAUGGCCGGCUUCCAGCUCUCAAAAGGAGGAGGUGAUGGAUGGGAGAGGGGGAAGGAAACAAUCUCAUACAAACAAGACUCCCUUAGGAACAGCCAGCACAAGCUGCCACCAUGCAUGAAAUGCUUGGACAGGAUUUUCCUUCAUUUGAGGACUGGCCAUUUCAGUUGCAGUUUGUUCCCAGUGAAGACACGCAGGGCGCUAUGUCGCUGGCAUCCUGGUUCAGGUGGAAUGAGCCCCCCAGCCGGAUUUCCCAGAGGAACCCCACCGAGAUGGUGGUCGAGACGCUAAUGAUGGAGCUGAGCUGGCAGAUGAAGCAGGCGGAGAAGCAGCAGCGGGAGCGGGAGAAUGAGUAUCGCAAGAUCAAGACUGGGGUGGACUACGGCUGGCUGGUCAGCUAUCCAAAGCAGAGCUAUGACAUCAGCCCCGGAGAAAGGCUGCAGCUGGAGGAUAUGUGUACCAAAAUACACCCCUCCUACUGUGGGCCUGUCAUACUCAGAUUCCGGCAACUCGUUGCUGAAUACGAGCCAGAAGUGCAGGAAGUAUCCCGGCUCUUCCGCUCCGUCCUGCAGGAAGUGGCUGAGAAGAUCAAAGAGGAGGAAGAGGCCAAGAAGCUCGCCAGGCAAUGGAACACAAAGAACAAAACCAGCCUCUCCUUAACAACGUUUAAAUCCCGGUCCAGGAUUUCUCCGUUCAUCAGCGACAUCAAGACCAUCUCUGAAGACGUCGAACGGGGCACCCAGCCCACCAGGAGGGUUUGGAGCAUGCCCGAAUUUCGGAACGCCAAGGAUUACUGACUCUGUACUGAACAAGGUUUUUAAACAGUGAUCUCUCAAACUCCCAGUUAACCCUUUUUUAGCUCUACCAUUUUUCUCUGUUCCAGCUCUCCCUUCCCGUCUGUCUCCCUCAGAAGCUGUGACCAUAGCAACUGCUGCUGACGCCUGCGGUGUGUGACAAUUUAUUACUAAACAUGCUAGCCUUUCCUUUAAUUUAGUAGUAUUCGGUAACCUUACGGGCAAGGCUCACUUACUGUCUCAUUUUUAUUUCUGCUUCCUUGUGGAAAAUGAAUUAGUUCUGUGA